CCAUGUUGAGUUUAACUGUGAUGCUUUCCAUGGACAGCUGGGUGAGACUCAUGUAUGACGGUGUGGAUGCAGUCGGCAUUGACCAACAGCCUGUGACCAAUUACAAUAAUUGGAGGAUUAUUUUCUUCGUCACCUUCAUACUGUUGAGCUUAAUUCUGGUGAACAUGUUCGCCGGAGUGAUGGUGGACAGCUACAGCAGAUGUCACCGCGGGCGUCAUCAGUUGGACGACAUGGAAAUGUGCUAUCCUGAAUUACCAACAGAUCAUUUUUAUAUAAUGGACGCUUCUGAGAUACGUCUGAAAAUGUACAGAAUCGUGAACAGUGCUAGAGUGGAAAAGUUCAUCAAUUUCCUCAUCAUCUUCAGUGUGCUGUCAAUGGGUGCAGAACGCUAUGAACAGUCUGAGUCUGUGGAAGUCUUUUUGAAAUGGGUGUUCUACAUCUCAACCGGCCUGCUUUUCCUUGAAAUCCUGCUGAAGUUAUAUGUAUUUGGCUUUGAAAGAUAUCUGAGAAAGAGAACAAACAUUGUAGAUAUCACCGUAGCCCUGAUUUCGGUCACCAGCCUUGUUCUGAAAGAGCUGAAGCAGUCCCAACGUAUUCCCAUCAACCCCAGCAUCUUCAGGGUCUUGAGACUCUUCAGAUUGGUUCAAAUUGCCAGGCUCAGUAUCAUCACAGAUCUUGUUUCACUUAUCACCAAAACUCUGUGCGAGAUUCGAAGCCUCAUUCUGCUGACUGUACUGUACUUCUACAUCUUUGCUGUGAUUGGAGUGGAACUCUUUGGCAGUAUAGGUCAGUCCCACUACUUGCAUAAUAGACACAAGAUUGGUAUUGCCGAAUUCUUAUUAAAGGUGCAAAGAGCAAACCUUAUGGAGAAGUUAGUUCCCUCUGGUGAAAGGUUGAAACUAGGGCUGAAAAAAUUAAUCGGAUUAAGCGAUUAUUGUAAUAUUCGUUAAAUAAUUUAGUAAUCG